UAUAAAUAGCUCCUCAAACACUAAAUUUUUCCAGUUUGGAUUUGAUUUUUUCAAGUGUAACGUUCUAAUAUAGUCUAGCAAAAUGUAGUUUCAAAUUCAAAAUUGCCACAAUGAUAAAGGAAAAGCUGAAAGGCAAGUUUUGGGACACUCUCCACUUUUUGUGCUACGACCCAAAACGAUUAGUUCGCGUGAUAGUGCUCAGUAUCUGCAGUGUGGUGGUAAUCUUCCAGCUCACAGAAUGCUUCCACAAGCUUAUUCAUCCACCUAUCAGCACCCAUUCGCGGUUCGAGCUGAACGAUUCGAUGCAGUACCCGGCGAUCACGUUCUGUCGCAAUCCGCCGUACAAAUUUGACGUGAUGCAACGGUACAACCUGACCCAGCACCCAAAGUAUGCCAGUGCGUUCAACAAGUUCGACUUUAACGAAAGCACGCUGGAGGAGCUGUUCCGGGAGGCGACCUACAGCAAGAGUGACUUUUUCAUCCAGUACGGACUGAAUGGAUUGGCGGAGAAUAUCGAAAUAACCAGUGGAAUGCACUUGGAUAUGGGGCAGUGCUUUACUAUGAAUCCGCUGGUAACGACGGAGCACUCGUGGAAGGCGGCUGGAUAUUCGAUUCUGUUGAUGCACGACACUAGGAAUGACGAGUACUUUCUUGGGGACGAUGUGCCAGGUUGGCAUGUGUUUAUACACGAUCAGUCGGAAGGGUUUGCAGAAAACCGCAUGCAAUCUUCCGGUCGCAUCGAGUACCUCUUCGUGGAGGUGGACGAAGAAGUUGAGGUGAAGCUGAGCACCCAGCACUUUUACAUGCUUCCGAGUGCGGACAACCUUUGUACCACCGAAACGGACAUGAGUUCCACCCGGUGCAGCGAGCUGUGCCACUGGCACCGGGUGGUCGACAUUGUCGGAUGUACCGGUCCGUGGAUGCCGGACAUCGACGUGGACCAGUGCGACACGGCCAACGAAACGCAGCAGCUGAUCAAGCACUACAAGCUGCAGGCGGACCAGGACAGCGUCAUCUGCGGGUGCUUCCAGCCGUGCUCGACCACGAUCUACACGGCGUUCGUCAUGAAUCGGAAGAAAUUUAACAUUACCAUUCCUGCGGGUCAGAUUUGGUUGUACUACACGUCGAAAAUGGUCACGAUCGUGGAGGAGUUCCACGGGUACGAUCUGACCCAGUUUGUGGCCGAUUUGGGCGGUUCGCUUGGGUUUCUGCUUGGGUUGUCUGUGCUCGGGUUGAUCGGACUGCUGGAAAAGAUCGUCGAAUUGUUGUUCAUUCGUAGGUUGAUUGCUGAGAAGGUAAGUAAACGGAAGCAGGACAAGGAGCAGCAAAAGGCGAACGAUAAAAUGGGUGAUGAGAUAAGUAAGAACUUCAGCAAUGAAUGUUCGGAUACAACACUGGCCGUGGCUGCUGUUAAAAGUUAAAUGGGCAAUCGUACAUCGUUUCUCAACAUUUUUUGAAUAAUUUUAAGGAUAAUGUAUUGUAUAAUGUUAUAAUGAUGACCCCCAAAACAAAAAUAAAAUUUAAAUGU